AUGACUCUAAUCAACUGGGAAUUAACUCUCUCUCUCUCUCUCUCUCUCUCUCUCUCUCUCUCUCUCUCUCUCUCUCUCUCUCUCUCUCUCUCUCUCUCUCUCUCUCUCACACUUAAACCUUUUGAGAAAGAGUGCAAUGAUAAUAAAAAUUGCCUUCUAAUUAUAUUUCCUCUCUUUCUUUUAUUCUUUUCUUUUCUUUCAUUCUUUUCCUCUUUCUUUUAUUCUUUUCUUUUCUUUCUUUUAUUCUUUUCUUUUCUUUCUUUUAUUCUUUUCUUUUCCUCUUUCUUUUAUUCUUUUCUUUUCCUCUUUCUUUUAUUCUUUUCUUUUCCUCUCUUUCUUCUUUUCUUUUCCUCUUUCUUCUUUUCUUUUCCUCUCUUUCUUUUAUUCUUUUCUUUUCCUCUCUUUCUUUUAUUCUUUUCUUUUCCUCUCUUUCUUUUAUUCUUUUCUUUUCCUCUCUUUCUUUUAUUCUUUUCUUUUCCUCUCUUUCUUUUAUUCUUUUCUUUUCCUCUCUUUCUUUUAUUCUUUUCUUUUCCUCUCUUUCUUUUAUUCUUUUCUUCUCUUCCUUUUAUUAUUUCUUUUCUUCUCUUCCUUUUAUUAUUUCUUUUCUUCUCUUCCUUUUAUUAUUUCUUUUCUUUUCUUGUUGAUUUGACAAAUUAA